AUGGCGACCGCAGGGGAGAAGGCUGCUACGGCCCUGAAACUGCAGGGGAAUAAAGCAUUCGCAAGCCAUGACUGGAUUCAAGCAUUGGAUUUAUACUCUAAGGCUAUUGAGGAAUAUGACCAGGACCCCUCUUUUUUUUGUAACCGCGCACAGGUACAUAUCAAGCUGGAGGCAUAUGGCUAUGCGGUUGCCGAUGCCACCAAGGCAAUUGAGCUCGACCCCGACUAUGUAAAGGCAUACUGGCGACGAGCAGUCGCCAAUACCGCGAUCCUUAACCCCCGCGCGGCCCUAAAAGACUUCAAAACAGUUGUCCGCAAGGCCCCAAAUGACCGCGACGCGAAGUUAAAACUUGCAGAAUGCGAAAAACUGGUGCGGCGUAUAGAGUUCGAGAAGGCCAUUGAGGUCGCGGACCCGCCCUCGGCCUUUGAAGGGCUGGAUGUUGAUGGUAUGAUCGUUGAAGAAAGCUAUGAUGGCGCACAGUUAGGAGAGUCGAUGACGCAGCAGUUCGUUGAUGACAUGAUUGAGCGGUUUAGAACGGGCAAGAAGAUUCAUAAGAAGUACGCGUUUCAGAUUGUGCGGGCGACGAGGAAUAUUGUUUAUGAUGAGCCGACGAUGGUGGAGAUUGGGAUUAAAGAGGGGACGAAGUUGACGGUUUGUGGUGAUACUCAUGGCCAAUUUUUCGAUCUCCUCGAAAUCUUCCGCCUAAAUGGCUACCCCUCCGAAACACACGUCUACCUCUUCAACGGUGACUUCGUCGACCGCGGUUCCUGGUCCACCGAAGUGGCUCUCCUGCUCUAUGCGUACAAGUGGCUGUAUCCGCACCAUUUCUUCAUGAACCGCGGCAACCACGAGACAGACGACAUGAACCGCACAUAUGGCUUUGAAGGCGAAUGCAAGGCCAAAUACAAUGAGCGCCUCUUCAAGACUUUCUCGGAGUCCUUCUCCGCGCUGCCACUCGCCACACUGAUCGGGGGAAAGUUCCUCACGCUGCACGGGGGCCUGUUUUCGGACGAUAAGGUUUCGCUUGAUGAUAUUCGGAAGCUGAACAGGCAUAACCAACGGCAGCCGGGGCAGUCAGGCCUCAUGAUGGAGAUGCUAUGGGCGGAUCCACAGACGGCGCCUGGGAGGAGUCCGAGCAAGCGAGGAGUUGGGAUGCAAUUUGGACCGGAUGUGACGAAGAGGUUUUGUGAGAAUAACGGACUUGAGGCGGUUAUUAGGAGCCAUGAGGUUAGAAUGGAAGGAUAUGAGGUUGAGCAUGAUGGGAGGUGUAUUACUGUGUUCUCCGCUCCUAGAUAUUGCGACAAUACAGAAAAUAAAGGCGCGUAUAUCAAUAUCGGCCCCGAGCUAAAGCUAGAAUUCCAUAAGUUCGAGGCUGUGCCUCAUCCUGAUAUUAAGCCGAUGGCGUACGCUUCAAACUCAAUUAUGUCGCUAAUGUGA